CCCUCCAGGGCCUCUUCCAAUCUGCCCUGGAGGAAAAUUCCUUCCCGACCCCAAAUAUGGCUAUCAGCUAAACCCUGAGCAUAUGGGCAAGAUUCAUCAGCCAGAUACUACAGAGUCGUGUCCCUAUGGCUGCUCCAGAACAGGCUGGAUCAGAGAUUCUUGUCAGCAGUUUACGCAGAGCCACACCUGCAUCCCAGACACCUUGUGCCAUGGGGUGAGGGCAUGUAGGGAAGGGGAGACCCGUCACUGCUCCAAUUGCUGCUUGAGAUGGAGCAUCGAGAUGUCUGUAAGCUGAGCCAUGCAGUUUGCUACACCUCGCUUUCUUUAUACCUUUUUAGUUUGAGUUAUUUCUUUCUUUUUUUUUUUUUUUUAAUUACCACAAGUUUGUGCUUUGAGGGGUUCCCUACUGUUUGGCCCUUUGUUGUUUUUUUUCCCCCUCUGGGCCUCUUGCAUGGCCUCGAGUGCAGGUUAUGCCCAAGACUUGGGCCUUCAAAUUCUGUCAGACCUGCCACAGGUCCUUUCCCCACAGUGACGGACAUUCCAGCUGCCUUCAUGGCUUGGGAGAAACCCACAUUCCCUCUCAAUUUAAAAUUUGCUUUGGAUUUUAAAAAAAGGGUUUUUAAGAUCUGAGGGAGGACAGACUUAAACUCUUCUGUGUAGAGCACCCUCUCAGACUCACCGAACAUUUAUUUAGUAGAGGAUCACUAGGCAACACUUUAAUACCAAACUUUAUUCAAAAAGAAAAAUGACUAGUUAAGCAAAGAGGCAUGCACUUACCGCUUCCACGACACUCCAAUUAUACAGUACUUACACUCAGACAGGGACUCAUGUAUCAAUGGCUGAUCAGUCCACUGACCGCAGAGUGCAGUACGACCUUAUAAUCCUGGAACAUAACGGUCCCCUUUUGAUCUUAAUUGGAGCUCUCCCCAAUUUAACAAAACGGCUCCUUUGAUAAUCCAUUAUAACACUAAUUAACAAUAAACUGCCCCUUGCCAUAAUUUUAUUCUGCCAUCUCCUCAUUGGCUCUUUCCAUUACACAUUAUUUAAAUUAACAUCUCCACCAUUGUCCUUCCUAUGCUAUCAAUACAGAUAGCAUUUAAUGAAACAUUGAAAUCCCUCACUGAAAACCUUGCUUAAACCGUUACAACCAAAACAUAACAGCAGCAUAACCCUGGGUCAUGUUCUUGCUAACUUCUAUUUUCUGUCGUACCAAAGCCUAAUUUCUACUUAAUAUAUUUGAUAGGCUACAAGUGGUGGCAGGUCCACCCCCCCAUAUACUCUUGUAUUGGGGCACGAGGGUGUCUGGGGCGCAGGAGCGGACUCAUGGACAGAGCUGACAAAAUCUCAAAUCAAGAGGGCAUGGGCAUGCAGAUAUCCUGACGUGGAGAACCCAUAGGGGGACACGUCUUGAAGAGCUCAGGUUACUGUACAAGUGGGCAUGUAGCAGGCUUCCUCCUGGACCAACUCCCCUCCCGCUCAUCGGCACCAUGUGGCAGAUGGAUUUCAAACGCCAGCAUGAGACUCUCAUUAAGUUGGCACAGAUUUACGGCAACAUCUUCACCUUGUGGAUGGGACAUAUUCCUAUCGUCAUACUGAAUGGAUUCCCAACUGUGAAGGAUGGCCUGACUGUCCACUCUGAAGAGGUCUCUGGCCGGCCAACAACCCCUUUCUUUCGGAAAACGGCCGGAGGAAAGGGUAUUAUUUUCACAAGUGGUCACACCUGGAAGCAGCAGAGACGCUUUGGGCUGAUGACCCUGCGGAACCUGGGGCUGGGCAAGAAAGGCCUGGAGCACCGAAUCCAAGAGGAGGCCCGUCACCUGGUGGAGUACUUUAUGAAUGCGAGAGGAGAUCCCCUGGAUCCUUCUUUCCCCAUCAUCCAUUCGGUCUCAAACGUGAUUGCGGCUGUGAUUUUUGGCCAUCGCUUUUCCACUGAGGACAAAAAUUUCCACCAGCUGGUUGAAAACAAUGAUUAUUUGGCCAGCUUUGGAGGCAGCAUCAGCGAGAUGCUGUAUGAUAUUUUCCCCUGGUUCAUGAAUCAUCUCCCAGGCGCUCACCAGAAGGCAUUCUAUUGCCAAGAGUUUCUCCGGUCUUUUGCAAGGAAGGAGCUCAGAAGCCACCAAGAGAGUGGGUCACCAGACGAACCCCAGGAUUUCAUUGAUUUCUACCUGGCUCAGAUAGACAAAAGCAAAGCUGAGCCUGAUUCUACCUUUGAUGAAGACAACCUGGUCCAGACUAUUUUCGACCUUUUCUUGGCAGGCACAGAAACCACCACCACCACCAUGCGCUGGGCAGUGCUUUAUAUGGUGGCUUACCCAGACAUCCAAGAGAAAGUCCAGAAGGAGCUGGACGCUGUGCUGGGUCCCUCCCGCUUAAUCAGUUACGAGGAUCGGAAGGAACUGCCGUUCACCUACGCCGUGGUCCAUGAGAUCCAGCGCUACAGCAGCAUCGUUGCAGUGGGAGUUCCUAGAGAAUGUGUCAAAGACACAGUGCUGCAGGGCUUUCCCAUUGAAAAGGGCACCAUUAUUCUCCCAAAUUUAACCUCCGUCUUAUUUGACCCUGAGCAAUGGGAGACACCUCAACAGUUCAACCCAAAUCACUUCCUGGAUCAGGAUGGAAAUUUUGUGAACAAAGAAGCUUUCUUACCGUUCUCAGCAGGGCACCGUGUGUGUUUGGGGGAGCAGCUGGCAAAGACUGAGCUCUUCAUCUUCUUCACCAACUUGCUGCGGGUGUUCUCAUUCAGGCUACCAGAGGGAGUGAAGGAAAUCAACACCGAGUUCAUUCUGGGGGCUACAUUGCAGCCUCAUCCCUAUAAGAUCUGUGCUGUUCCUCGCUAGGCUGCAGCACCCCCCAAAGCACAGGAGGAGCCAUUAGGCAGGCACGCAUGCCUCUGUGAAUUUUCACCUUGUACCUCUUGCCCUCUUUCUACUUCCAGCUUUGACGACAGUAUCGGUUCAGGCCAGUGGAGUCAGUUUCUCAAUCUGUUAGACCAGUGGUGUCCAAUCCGUUCGCCGCUAGCCACAUGUGACUAAUAGGCUAUGGAAUUGUGGCGAAUGCAUGUGGCUUUUUUAUAAUGUGGCUCAUAAGAAAAAUUCAGAACCACAAGUGUGGCUAGCACCGACCUUCUAUUGGGCCCCGCUGUGUUAGACCUUGGGAAAUUAAUCUGCAAACCACUGCCACUUCAUUAUUGGUCUGUGCCCAAGCUUUCCCCUUAAUAGAUUGCAGAGAGAGAAAAUGUAAAACAAGGAAUUCCAGAGUCAGGCUUUAGUUGGGUGGACCAGGAAUGAGUUAGAUGCGUCGCACUGAAGUUGGAGUUGUGGUGGCAGGAGAGAGAGGAGGGGAAAGGCGGGACAUAGUACGGUCGGUUACCAGGUUUAGCUUUAUUCAGCAAGUUCUUAGCCACAGCUCUAAUCUCUGCCACAGGCUGAGCCAUCUGACCUGCUGCCCUGAUUGUGUCUUACGCAGUGAACACGCAACCCUGAGAGUCAUCUCCAAACCGAAGCGAGCUGUAGUCCACGAAAGCUUCUGCUCAAAUAAAUUGGUU